UGCUGUUCGUGUCAUACAGCUGCUCCUAGACGCCUUUAUCCUGGGAUCCCGUCCCUUCGCUUACUGUAAGCGUCGAGCUAGCUUCACCGUCUCCAUUGGCCUUUUCGGUAUACAGCUAAAUACAGCAUACAAACAAUGGCGUCGCAAUUGACCUUGCCCAGCUAUGUGAAGCCAGCCGUCCUAGAAUUCAAGCGGCUGGAACUUGAGUACAUGGAUGGCCUACCACAGAAAGUUAAGGACCAACUAGCGAACAGCGUAAGCUUUGAGGUCGAAAAGAACCACAUGCGGCAUUACGGUGACUUUGCGUUCACGCUGGCGGGCAUCAAGCCGUGUGCUCUUUUCGCUCAUGGCAUUGGACCGUUCUACGGAAAGGGCCUCGCCGAGGCUGCUUUGCUUCCCGUAAUGCGGGAGUUUAAUCUCGAAGAACACGGCUUUAAGGCCGAGGAGAUUAAGCACAACAUGUUGACGUCCAACCCCAUCCAUCCCGGCUUCAAGAGCGCUUGGGUGCUUUUCAACACCCGCCACGCCGGGUAUGAGCUUGCAAGGAAGACCUUCAUGAACCCGGCUUGCAAACGCAUGGAUGAGGAGCAAAUCGGCCGCGCUCUUGGCUAUCCAUUCCCCGCUGGUGAUGGCACCAUCAGCUACAUCGACAACACGGAGGUUCAAGCCAGGAACACGUGCUGUGUGCCAGUUUUGGAGUAUUUCUGUCCCUCUGGCUUUGAGACGGUGCAGCUCAUCCUGCUGCAUUUCAAAAGGUACCGGUCUGUCUGGAGCCAGCUUGGUUGGGACCUCACCAUCAACACCCAGGAGCACCGGGGCCUGGAGCUCAUGUCGUCCAUGCGACGCUGAUGGGUGAGCCGUUAACGAGGGGGAAUGGCUUUCGGAGAGGACGUGGAUGUCCCGCACAGCAAUCUGGAGUAAAUUAAAAUUGAACGAUGGGGGGAUAACGGUGCGACGGCUCUCUUGAUGCUGUGACGUGCACAAGGUGUUGCACCUCCUGCUACUCAUUACAGCUGUUGUUGUUGCUGUUGUUGCUCAUGUCGCUUGGGGAGGGUUGCGACAGCUUUUGAUGUUAAUAUAUGGCAGGGUUGCAAUGGUUGGAACGGUUGCAGCACACUUGCAUGUCACAAUGUUGUUGGGUUUGCAUGCAAUGUUUGGGUAAGGAUGCAUUCACGUUUGGAUAAACAUGUUGCUGGUCGUUGAUCCGACGUUAUGGUUUGUCUGUUGUCUCGUCUUUUGUUGCUUGUUGCCUCCUCUUGAAUCCCAUCCUAACUGCCGACCGCUGUGCUAUUACAACGUCUUAGCUUGGACGUUGAGCCUUGACCACAAUCCCGAAGCUUUAACUGGCAGACCCGAGUAAUCAGUAUCCAUUUAUGCUAUUCUUGUGGGUCGUGAGCAUGGUCCGUAUGCAUGGCCCCAGGGUUUCUAUCUAUGGCCUUUUCCUAAGUGGAUGCUCCAAGACGCCUUUGCAAUCACCUGGUUAGAAUGCUCAUGGUUUGUCAACUUGUUGCUGGCGUUGACCCGUGGGUCGUUUAUGCACGUCUAUUCUGCAUGGUGGCAUUAGCAUUCAGCACGUUUGGCCCAGUUACCUGCAUGUGACAUGAUGGCAUCGUUGCUAUCCUGACGCACUGGCUGCUGACAAUGCUGUCAAUGACAAUCUGUUGCGCUUACCUGCCUGGUAUCAGCUGGUAUGUUUAUUUUGCGACGGUGUUCAUCUAUACUUCCAAUGUCAUGGAGAGAGAGAGGAGAGAGAGAGGAGACCAUUAAGCGUUGGUUGGCAUUUGGCUACCAAGUCAGCUGUUGUGCAGGGGUGGUUGUUGCACCUGCUGGGCAUGCCUCUGUGUUUGUGUUUGUGCCAACAGCAACGCUAUGUUGCUUCGGAGCCGGUGGAAGGUGUAGGUCGCUGCUGGAGACCUCCUCCGUUAGGAUUGUCGUGCUGUUGUUUUGCUUUGAGCUUGUCUCGCACCCGAGGUACAGCCAUCAAUCGGUGCGCUGAGCUGUCCUGGUGUCGGGCAACGUCAACCAGACAGCUUUGUAUCGCUCUAAGCAUGUGGAGCAUGAAGGUAGUUGUUACUUGGCCACACAGGAGUCGUCACGAAGAAGACACUGGGGCGUGUGCUGCCAAUGUGCGGUACCCUGCACGCGCGAAAUUGACACGUGGGGAUCAUCACAGGGGGUUGGUAACCCGUUGGAGGAACCUUUCACGUUUGCUCACAUCAUCCUUUUGUAACGUUUACAGCGAA